CGGAUCAAAUUGCCACGUAAGCGUCCACAUCAGUGUCAGAUCGAGACCGAGUCAAAUUAGCCACGUAGAUGCUACAUCAGCUAAAACCGCCAUUGAAACCGCCGAGGGACUUAAUCUGCACCGGUUUUGAUAGUUGAGGGACCCGUUGUAUCCGGUUUUGCGGUUGAAGGACGUAAAUCGGAUUCGUUGACAAGUUAAGGGACCUUAGAUGAACUUAUUCUUAUCAUAUUUCCUCUGGUUUUCCUGGCCACAGCUAUGGCCAUUUCCCUGUCUCUGUGGCCGGCCAACUCGCGCUGUGCUCCCAGGCCCCCAUGCCACGCUGUCCGUACCCCUGCCUGCGUGCGCACCGUCGUGAGCGCCAUGGCUAUACGGUCCUUUCCUUCCUCCUCUUCUUCUUCGUCGCCGGCGGCCCGGCGCCAUCUCCGUUCUGCCGCCGCACCGUCGAACAGAACACCACCUCCUCGAAGACAUUCUGCAAUGGAGUACGGCCUACGGCAACAUUGGAGCCCUCCCUCUCAAUCCUUUCCAAUUAUGGACAUAUACCGCCUCCAACUCCAAAUCGGACUCGGACUCAGCGUUCGAGUUCGACUCGGAUUCGGAGUCGGAGUACGUCGCCGCUCCUUAAAAGCACGGCGGCGCUCACCAGCUAGAGACCAUCCAACGCAUCCAUUCCGUCCUCUUCGAUUGCUGCUUUCCCGUCGCGACCAUGGCUCCCGCCGGCGACUACGGCGCCUCGGUGAGCAUGAUGAUCAGCUACGGCGGCGCGAUCGUCCAGGCCGACGGCAAGGCCAAGGCGGCGUACUACGCCGGCGGAGUCCACCGCAUCGUCAAGGUCGGCAUGUCCGAGCGGCUGCCCGGCCUCCGCGCGCGGCUCGCGGCGCUCGCCGGCUGCGCCGACGUGUUCAUCCGCUACGCGCUCCCCGGGGAGGGCCUCGGCGUCAUCCGCGACGUGGCGGACGACGGCGACCUGUGGGGCCUCGUGUCGCUGCUCUUCUACUACAAGGAGGUGCCCGUGUCGUCCAAGCCCGGCCGCAUCAGGGUCUUCCUGUUCGCCGCCGAUCACGACGCGCCGCCGCACCGAACCGCGUCGGCGCCGUCGUUACCGGUGCUGGUAUCUGGAAGUGCCUCUGCUGCUCCUCCCGUUACACUGGGGUUGCCACGCAGCGCGUCUUCACCGUCGCUGGCGACGUCGGGCUCGGGCACCGCCGUGAGGAUGAAGGUGAGCUACGGCGGGGAGAUCAUCCAGCAGCAGCGCGGCGGAUCAGCGGCGGCGUCGUGCUACUACGCCGGGGGAGUUCACCGGAUCGUCAGGGUCGGCCUGUCGGAGCGCCUCGCCGGCCUCCGCGCGAGGCUGGCGGCGCUCGCCGGCUUCUCCGACUCCGACGACGUCCGCAUCCAGUACGCGCUCCCGGGAGAGGAGGGCCUCCACCUCCACGACGUGGCGAGCGACGGCGACCUGUGGAGCCUCGUGUCGCUGCUCUUCUUCCACGAGGCGGUGAUGGCCUCCAGCAAGCCCAAGCAAGGCCGCAUCCGCGUGUUCCUCUUCGCCGCCCACGACGCCCCGGCGACGUCGUCGACGUCGCCCACCGCGGCGCCGCUCAGGAGGAGCGCGUCGUCGCCGUUCUUGCCGACAUUGGUGGAGGAAGACGAGGACGACGACGACAACGACGGCAACACGGACACGGCGGCUGCAACUCAGACGAGCACUAGCCGUGUCACCGCCACCGUGGGCAUGCGGCGGAGCGCCUCGUCGCCGGCGCUGGCGACGACGUCAUCGAGCUCGGACGCGGCGACUGCCUCGACGUCCGGUGGUGCAACAUCCGGUUCAUCAGGAGACAGCGACACACCGGCGAUGACAUCUUCCACGGCAGCGGCGGCGGCGGUGCAGUUCGGUCCGGUGGUGCUUGUGCCGGUGAUGGUGGUGUUCCCGGUGAUCCCCGUGUACGCGAUUGGCGUGGUAGAUUAUCGUAGUGUGCUCCUUGUAGCGUAGUGAAACGCCUUGUUUCCUACUGCCAAUCUGAGCUAUGUACUUGUCUACUUGAUUUUGUACAAUUCAUUCAAGGUUAUUAUUGUAAACCACAUUACCAAUGUACUCAUCGUGUGUUCACUGUUCAA